AUAAAAUAAAUGCGUUCAAGUUCUCAUUAUAUAUAAAUAACUUGACCUCAAUACAUCAAAUACCCGGAUGGAAACAAGGUAACGGGAAAGUAAAUUAACACGUUCUUAUACGGUAUGACUACUAAAUCAUCAUCUGAGAAGCCAUGUAUUGGAGCCGAGAAAUCAACUCUGAGCCCAUUAGAUGCAGCUAUUCAUGAACUCAAAGAACAUUUGUUAGUGGAUGAUGAAUUCUGUCAAGAAUGGAAGAAAAACAAUCCAUUUUAUAAAGACGGUGACGCCGUAAUUAGCAGUAUUGAUGCAAUGCGGGCACGUACAACAGAAGAAGAAGUUCUCCAAGCUCUUAUACUUACAACGGAAUCACUUAAUUUUCACAUUGAUUCCGGAACAACCAAAGUAGCCGACAAGUUUAAAGAAUACAGACAAACACUUCAAAACUGUCUGGAUAAAUUAAAAUGUGAAGAAGAAUAUGAAAUGAAACAUUUUGUUGGCAGAGUGAAAGAUAUUGAGUCAGUAAUGAAAGUAUUUUUCAAAGAUCCUAGAGACUGCAGUAGCACAAAAUAUAUAGGUGUAUGUUUAUGUGGAAUGGGAGGUAAUGGCAAAACAACACUGGCUGAACACAUUGGGCAUAAGCUAAAGAGCAAAAAAUGGUCCUUCAAAAAGAUUGACUUCAGGGAACUUAAGACAGUAUUGCAGUUCAUAAGACAUAUCCUCAAAGAGUUCGUUGAUACUAGUUUGGAUGAAAAUGAAGUCAGGGCUAAAUCAAAACUAUUUUCAGUUCUUGAAAAACAGAGGGAAAUUGAUGAAGACACACUUUUGCUACUGGAUAAUAUCGAUGACAUUCUAGACUGGGAUGAUCUAAUAAAAUUUCUGGAGCAGGUUAUGAUACUGCUGAACAACAACACAGAGAACAAGAUAAAACUUCUUAUAACGUCAAGAAAAAAGCUAUUAUUUGAGAAAGAAAUCGGUGUAUAUGAAACUAUAAUGAACUAUUUUAAAAGCUCGCCAACAAAACAAGAUCGAUUUGAUGGGUUGUGCCUAGAGAUGGAAUUACAAACACUUGGUUACGAUGACUGUUCAGAACUUGUAAACUCUUUAUUACCAAGGGAAAUACAAAAACAGAUAACUUCUAGUCACCUUCAAAAACUCAUGUCAUCAUGUGGCUGCAAUCCUCUUCUUAUUCACACCAUAUGCGACAGACUGAGAAAUAAUGAAGGCAGUUUACCGGAUAUGCUUGGAAAUAUGCGAUCGUGUGUGCUACCAUUAAGGAAUCGUUUGCAGUCUGACUCGUGUAUUGAACAAACAUUUCUGCAGAUGAAACAUGAGCACCAAAUAUUUCUAGUUCAAUUGCAUGUUUUCAAAACCUGCCGAUUCAACAUGAAAGCUGCCAUGAAAAUUACUGGUGCAUUAGACACACUAUCUCUUCAGAUUAAAAUUAUGAACUUAAAAGCUCAUCAUUUGAUAGAAAUCCACACUGUAGGUUCAACAAGCUCAUCUGAGAAAACAAGUUUUUCAUUGCAUCCGAUGGUUUCUCACUUUUUAAAAGAAGUUUCAAAAAAGGAUGAAAUGGCUUCUUUUUAUAAAGAAGCUGUUCGUGAAUUUAUGAAAUGGAUGCAGGAUAAAAUUGAACAAUACGAAAACAAGCUAGAAAUAGACUACAAGAAAGCUCAAUACAUAUUUGUACAAAACGAAGCCCAUUUUUUAAAUUUCUGUAAAUAUCUCAAAAAAGAUCCUUCUAAUGAAUCAAGAACAACAAAGCUAAAUAAACAGAUUUCCGAAGUAGCAGAUCUAAUUUUAAAUGAUAAAAAGAAGGCCGAGCUAAUCGAAUCUCUUCGGAAAAGAUCAGAAAAGGAUACAGACAAAUUGAGUGCAUGUUUUUGGUGGUUAGAGAAUGCAGAAUUAGAUUUGGAUAUGGACAAUAAGGAAGUAAUAAACACAGUUAAUGAUCAGGCCAAGAUUUUAAAAAGUAUUUCUUCUAAACAUACUGCAGGGGAGCUAAUACCAGUUCUCGCCAUUUUAAUGUUUCUUAAAGGCAGAAUUUAUUACCGGUUUGAUGAGUUUGAUGAUGGAUAUAAAGCCAUUUAUACCGCCAUCUAUAUAUUAACUGAUGAUGAUAUCGAAAGUUUAAAAUGGGUAGUAAAACCCUUUAAAACAUUGCGCUCAAAAGUAUUCAAUCUAUUAGGAUGCCUUUUAUUAAGAGAGAAACGAAUCAUGGAAGCAUUCCACUGUUUCAUCAAAGCGUUCGCAUUAAUGACUAAAAAGAAUUGCAAGGCCCGAAGUCAAAACAUGGCAUUAUUUAUUUCCAAUAUUGGUGCAUGCUUCUUUCAAAGCGGUCGUAAAAUGCAAAACAAUGAAUCGGAUUUAGCCCAUCAACAAUUUUUAGAAGCGAUGAAAUUUUCUCAAAAAGCAAUUAGACUUAGACAAACAAUGGGACAAGAAAAAUACAGUACAUAUGCAUUUGAACUUCAGAAACGAGGAAAACUUUACUUGGAGUUCGGGGAUUUUAACAGUGCAUUGGCUGAUUUUAAAUCAGCACUUGGGAUUCAUAUGGACAUAGAAACAAUGCCUCACUCAAACAUAACAUUAGCUUUACAUCUAAUUGGGAAAACAUGCCUUCUACAAGGCCAAUAUCAAGUAAACAAUUGUCCUCAAGAUGUCGGAAAAGAACAUUUAGAGUUUUCCCGGGUAUUGUAUGAUAGCAUUGCCGAUCUUAUUUACGACUGUGGACUUAAUGGAUAUAAUGAGGAAUAUGAAGAGAUUAAGUCUAACCAUAUUUGGCUGCUUAAUGAUCUUAAUGUUCCUGCUGACGCAUUUAACAAAGUCAGAGGUUUAUACAAGGAGUGUGAGUCAGGUAAAAGGGAAUCGGCAUGGAAGAAAAACUCAAGGCGGGAAGUUAAAUUUCAAAAACGAUAUAAAAACGUGCUUGAACUAUUAGGCGAAGAUAAAUUACUGCAAGUUUUGGACGAUCAAACCAAAACAGCUGUAAAACAAUGGGUGACUAAAGCAAAACAAAGCGAACCUUUGACUGACGAAGAAUUUGAUGACGUACUUCCAAUUGUAUUAAAUAAUAUCAGUGAUGAAACUAUAAAUGACGAAAACGAUGAGACGUUUUUCCAAGAAUUGAUUUCCAUUGCACACAAGCAAUAUCACAAAGACUGUAUACAAGGUGUCAUAUCGAGCUUAAAAGAGAUGCAUCACUCUUCGGCUGAUAUGGAAUUGGUUACUUAUUGCCUAAACCAUUGCAAACCAGAAAAUCAAACAGAAAAUACUCAGAAAGACGGGAAAGAGAUGAAAAGAAAACGACGUUGUAGUUCAGAUACUUCUUUCUGAUAUUGAUAGCAACGAAUUUGGACAAAAAUCCUGAAUUCGGCAUAUGUGUGUUAAUCACUGUGUGAAACUGAACAAAUGUUAAUUCAAACUUAAACAACCAGAAUACGAUGUUUAUUUUUAUUCAUCUAGAAACCUUUAUUAAAAAACAAUAAAAGAAACCAAAAUCAUAAUUCUAUACACACACAAAGGUAUAGAAGAUCAUAGAAGUGUCUUGAAUAUAGAAUUUAAAAUUGUUCUGUGAAAGCAAUGCUUGCUAUAGCUAUAUUCCAAAUUUACAGUGCAUGUGGUAUACGUAUUUGCAAAUGUUAAUUGUUUGGCAGUAUUUAUACAAUUAAACGUACCCAAAACCUUAUUUGUUAAUAAAAA